AUGCCGCCCAUCGAUGCGCCGCCCAGCGAGCAGCCGUUCGAGAUCACCGUCGGCCCGAACGACAUGCCCAAGCUCAACAUGCGCCACCCGCCCAGCGCGCAGGAGGUCUGCGUCUUCACCUACGGCGCCGCCGUCACCAGCUGGACCACGCGCGGCGAGGACCACUUCUGGCUCUCCGACACCAACAAGUGGGAGCCCAAGGGGAAGGCUAUACGCGGCGGCAUCCCUAUUUGCUUCCCGCAGUUCGGGCCGUAUGGCGACCUCGUGCAGCACGGCUUUGCCAGGGUUAGUGAGUGGGAUAUUAAUAAUUGUAUGGUCAAUGAGGACGGUAGCGUCAGUGCCGUCUUUGGCCUCUCGAGUGAGAUGAAGGACCGGGAGGGGGUCCAGGCCUGGCCCUACCAGUUUGAAGCCGAGUAUACUGUCACCUUGAGCUAUGUCGGGCUGGAGACCAAGCUCGCUGUUACAAAUAAGGGCCAGGAGCCGAUUAAGUUCACGGCCGCAUUUCACAACUAUUUCAAGGUUACAAAGGUGGACAACGCCCGCGUUUUUGGGUACGAGGGCUGCAAGUUUCUGAAUAGGCUUGAGGGGGAUAAGGAGAUGCCUGCGGAGGAGGACACUGGCUCAGGCUUGCUGAUUGCACAGGAGACGGAUAGGAUUUAUCUCAACGCGCCGGAAGAGCUGGCGAUGUUCGAUUUCGCCUCGCUCAAGGUCCUCAAGAUUAAGAAGACGCCCACGUUGGGGGACGCCACACUGUGGAACCCAUUCGGGGCCGAGGGGGCCGAUCCAGGGUGGGAGAACUUUGUGUGUAUAGAGCCGGCGUGCAUUACAAACCCCGCGACCGUGCAGCCGGGGGAGACCUGGGUAGGCGCGCAGUUGCUGGGGGUAGAAUAG